GGCGGAGCGUGGAGGUGCGGACGCGAGGCGCGGGCCUCCGCGCGGAGGCCUGGACUGCGCGGCCAGGUGAUGGUGGGCCCCUGUGCUUCUCCAGAGGAAAGGGGACCCCCAGAGCAGCUGUGCCCCCAGGCUGCCCCAGCAAGCCGUUUGGACAUCAGCCGUAGGGAAGUCGGGCAGCUGUGAGUUUGCCUGUCUCCGUUAAGUGUCCUUAGGAUGCAGUGAUUUAAGGCAUCAGGCUCUCCCUGCGGGAGGGGCCCUGCCUGCGCUGGUGAACUCGGUUCAGAGAAAAAGGACAGAAUGAUGCUUUCCGAGCAAGCCCAAAAGUGGUUUCCGACCCACGUGCAGGUCACAGUGCUCCAAGCCAAAGAUCUUAAGCCAAAAGGCAAAAGUGGCACCAAUGACACAUACACUAUAAUUCAGCUGGGCAAGGAAAAGUACUCCACCUCUGUAGCCGAGAAAACCCUUGAGCCAGUCUGGAAGGAAGAGGCCUCUUUUGAGCUGCCUGGUUUGCUAAUGCAGGGGAAUCCAGAGAAAUACAUCCUUUUCCUCAUAGUUAUGCACAGGUCCCUGGUGGGUCUGGAUAAGUUUUUAGGGCAGGUGGCCAUCAAUCUCAAUGACAUCUUUGAGGACAAACAAAGAAGGAAAACAGAGUGGUUUAGUUUAGAAUCCAAACAAGGAAAAAGAGCCAAAAACAGGGGUGAGAUAAAGGUCAAUAUUCAAUUUAUGAGGAACAAUAUGACAGCAAGUAUGUUUGACUUAUCAAUGAAGGACAAAACAAGAUCUCCUUUUGCAAAAUUAAAAGAUAAGAUGAAAGGUAGAAAAAAUGAUGGGACAUUUUCUGAUACAUCUUCUGCAAUCAUUCCAAGUUCUCACAUGCCUGAUGCCAAUACUGAAUUUUCAAGUAGUGAAAUACAGAUGAAAUCUAAACCAAAAAAGCCUUUCCUUUUGGGUCCUCAGCGACUCUCUUCAGCGCAUUCAAUGUCUGAUUUAACUGGGGCCCAUGUAUCCACGGAGAAGCUGAAGUCUGGCACCGUUGCUCAAACGCAUCUUCUCGGACACCAGAUAGGUUCCUUUGGAGCAGUUCCGGAAAGUGGAAGUCUCAGAUCUCCACACAGAAGAACAUUAAGCUUUGAUACUUCUAAAAUGAACCAACCUGACAGCAGUGUGGGUGAAGGUGAAUCGUCUUUCGGAAGACAAAAUGACCCAUUUACAAAUGUGACUGCUUCAUUACCCCAAAAAUUUGCAACACUGCCAAGGAAGAAAAAUCCAUUUGAAGAAAGCAGCGAAUCAUGGGACAGCAGCAUGAAUUUAUUUUCAAAAUCAACUGAAGUAAGAAAAGAAAAUAAAAGAGAAAAAAGGGAGAAAGUUAGCCUGUUUGAAAGAGUGACUGGAAAAAAAGACAGCAGAAGAUCUGAUAGACUUAACAAUGGGGGAUCUGAUAGCCCUUGUGACUUGAAAUCACCUAAUGCAUUUAGUGAAAAUCGUCAGGACUAUUUUGAUUAUGAGUCAACUAAUCCGUUUACAACAAAAUUCAGGGCUUCAAAUAUAAUGCCAUCUUCAAGUUUUCAUAUGAAUCCGACAAGUAAUGAAGACCUCAGGAAAAUCCCGGACAGCAACCCUUUUGAUGCCACUGCAGGCUAUCGUAGUCUCACCUACGAGGAGGUACUGCAGGAGCUGGUAAAACACAAAGAGCUCCUUAGGAGGAAAGACUCUCACAUCCGGGAGCUGGAGGACUACAUCGACAACCUCCUCGUAAGGGUGAUGGAGGAGACGCCCAGCAUUCUCAGAGUGCCGUACGAACCAUCCAGGAAAGCUGGCAAGUUCUCCACUAGUUCAUAAGCCAGUGGUACUGCAUUUAUAAUUGGGGGAAAAAGAAAGGAAGAAAGAGAGAAAAAAUAGGAGAAACGCUCGUUACUGAGAGAGACCACACUACCAGGUUUCAUUCCAUACCCUCCUUCAUUGUGAAGACCUGUUUCACCUGUAAAUAUUAGCAGGGACUAUCAAGAGAGACCUUUGAAGUGAGCUAAAUAAUUUAAACCCUUAAAGUGAAGAUGGGCCAGAUUCUCGUGAACAAGCAGUUCCUUAGGAUUCACUUAGGUGCUGGUGCCGGCCCACUAAUCUGCCAUAGGCCCAAGAGUAUCUUCAGAAGUACAUGACUUAUUCCUCAGGAACAGAUUUCUCAUCAAGCAGAAUUGAUACUGUGGUUGGUUUCUCAGAAGUCAAUUUGUACAGAUUUAGCUGCAGGAAUACUGCUCAUUAUAAACACUACUAAAAAAAAAGUUCAUAUUUUAUAUACAUAUAUGUACAUGAAUAAUCUCUUCAUGUAUCUUUGUAUAUAAAAUACAUGCAUAUACCUCAUAUAUACAUGUGUUUUUAGAACAUUUAAAGACAACUAGUUGCCUCUAAAACUAGGAUACCAAUUAGGAUUUCUUAAUUUGAAAAUAUAUGUGUGCUCUGUCAAUGCAAAACAAAUCGUCAUUGCUACUAUAACGGUUUGUUACACAGAAGCUGCUUCAAAUCACGCUUGACUAUGUGAACCUUGGUUUCAAAAUAAGCUGCUACUAUAUAUUAUUCCAGCAUCAAAUCUUUUCUCUUUUUCCAAA